CAGAGUGGUGCUCCCAACUGCUGUGAAAUACAACUAAAAAGACCUCAACCUAAACCACAACCACACUGAAAAAUGGCAAGAUAUAGAAGACGCAGCAGGAGCCGGAGUAGGAGCAGAUAUGGACGCCGGAGGAGACGCAGCCGUAGUCGGAGGAGGAGAAGCAGGAGGAGAAGAAGAAGGAGAGGAAGGAGAGGCAGAGGGUACCACAGGAGAUCUCCUCAUCGUCGUCGUAGGAGAAGAAGAAGAUAACUUAAGACAGCAAAAUAGCAAAACUCCAUCUGAACUCCUGCUUGAGAAUUUUACCAAAUUCAUCUGGAUCUUCUGACCAUCACGAAACAGCAAAUCAUUUCCAUGGAGAUGCACACUUAUGGUGACUGCCACAAGACAACAGGAGCCUGCU